AUGGAUAAUGAUGAUAUAAAUAAUAAUAAUAAUAAUAAUAAUAAUAAUAAUAAUAAUAACAAUUCCCAAGAGUUAGAUCAACAAGAGCAAACUCAAGAGGAAAUUACAAAACAAAGAAUUCAAAAAAGAAAAGAAGAAGCCAAGAGAAUAAUGGAAGAAAGAAAAAAAAGAGAACAACAACCACCAUCUCAAAGACAAUAUGAAGAUGUUGAAGAUGAUCAACAACAACAACCAAUUAGACCAAUAAAACAAUUACCUCAAAGACAACAACAAUAUGAUGAUAAUGAUGAACCACCACAACAACAACAAUAUGAACCAAAAAUUAGUCAAAGAAAAGUACCUUUACCACCAAUGAAACAACCAACAACAUCAUCAACAGCAUCAGCAGCAACAGGAUCAAUAUUAUCUCCAUCAUCUAAUUUUAGAGAGGAUAUGGUAAAGAAAGCAGUUUUAUUUUUAAAUAACCCAAAUGUAAAAAACACAGCACUCGCUAGAAAAGUUGCAUAUCUUGAAAAGAAAGGUUUAACAAGUGAUGAAGUUAAAGAAGCAUUAAAAAGAGUUGAAACUGGUAAUAUUAAUGGUAGUAGUACUAAUAAUUCAAAUAUCACACAAUCAAAUUCUAUUUCAAGAACAAGAAAUGAUAAUUAUGGUAAUAAUAAUAAUAAUAGUAGUAAUAAUAAUAAUAAUAUACAACAACAACAAUAUUAUCAACAACAACAACAACAACAUCAACAACAACAACAAAUGGCAUUAACUCAAAUUCAAAGUUACCAAAAGAGAUUGGAAGCAGAUGAUCAAAGAAUUGCACAAUUAAUGAUGAAUAAUAAUCGUUUCUCUUGGAAUAGUUUCUUAUUUUCAGUAACAGCUAUUGUCGGAGCAGCAUCUGGUUUAGCUUAUUUAACAUCAAACUAUAUCAUUCCAUUCCUUAAUGGUGGUAAAACCAAUAAAGAUGCAUCAGCAAAUAUGGAUAAAAAGAUCACAAGUUUACAAGAAGAGAUCAUCAAAUUACAAUCAACAAUCAUUCAACAAGGUAAUGAUUUCAGAGAGUCCACAAAAUCUUUGAAAACUUUAAUUGAACAACAACAACAACAAAUUUUACAACAACAACAAAUUAACUCUGUAUCAACUACUACAAAUUCUGCAACUUCUGCUUCAAAUUCUUCUGAAAUCGUUGAAAUUAAAAAAGAAUUAAAAAAUUUAAUAAAUUUAAUUGGUAAUAAAGAAAAUAGUAAUAAUAGUAAUAAUAAUAGCAAUAAUAGCAAUAAUAAUAAUGGAUAUAGUAAAUAUAAUGGUUUUAAUGGUGUUUAUAAUAAAAGUUCAUAUGACGAUGUAUCAACUAAUAAUAAUAAUAAAACUAAUUCACCACCAUCACCAAAUAAACCAACUACAACAACUACAACUACAGCAACAUCAACACCAGGUUCAAAUAUAAGUAAUACAAAUAAAACUUUACCACCAAUUAUUAAAACAAAUCCAUAUUCACAUUUAUCAUGGAAAUUACCAACAGAUCAACCACCAGUAAUUCCAUCAUGGCAACAAAAAUCAUCAAAUCCACCAUCAGAUCUUUCAAAUGCUAAUGAUAAAUCAUCACCUUCAAAUUCAAAUCCAUCAACACCAACUAAACCUUAUCAAUCUUCAUUCAAUUAUGGUGAUGUUAAUUCAUUUGUUGGUGGUUCCAAUACUUUGAAUUUUGAUGAAAAACCAACUACCACCACCACAACAUCUACUACUCCUUCUAAUGAAAGACCAUCCUCACCAUCUGUUAACAAUAAUAAUAAUAAUAAUAAUAAUAAUAAUAAUAAUAAUAAUAAUAAUAAUAAUAAUAAUAAUAAUACAACAAUUGCUUCAACUUCAAACGAAAGUAACAAUUCAAAAGUUGAAACAACUUCAAAUGAUUCAGAUAAAUCUACUUCACCAUCUUCAUCAUCAAAUAAUACAACCUCAACCACCGCCACCACCACCACCAUCACUAGUGCUUCAACAGAGGAUAAUAAACAACAAUCUGAUGAAACACCAUAUUCAUCAGACUUUUUGGAUGUUAUCAAUCAAUUGAAACAAGGUAAAACUCCACCAGGUAUUAGAACUGAUAUUGAUGAUAAACCAUUAGAAAAUUCAACCGUCACAAAGUCUGCAAAAGAAAGACCAAAGAAACCUUGGGAAAGAGAUACUCUCACUUCAGUAACAAAUAAUUUAUCAGUUGAAGAAACUCAAACAAUUAAUAAUACUGAUUCAUCAGUUGAAAAAUAA